UAACGAUGACUUGAAAUAUUUCUAAAAUAUAUUAUUAUGUCUGAUAUCAUCCUGCCAAAAUUUAACUUAAGAUUUCACUUAAGCUUGGAUUAAAAAAAGGGGUAAAUUGAACCAAAAAAUAGUUUAGAGGGUUAUUCAAAUUUUAACAAUAUUUGAGGGGAGUAAUAUGAAUUGUUUCCAAUAAAUGAAUAGUUCAAAUUCUAAUUUUGUUUCAAAACAAUAACAUAAUGGCACAAUAAAAUACAAGACACCCUUAGUUGUAGCUCCAAUAAUUUGGUGAUAACCAUAAGCAAAAGAAUCAAUGAUCUUACUGGUCUAGUGGUUGCUCAUAAAAAAUAAUAAAUAAAUGAUUUAAGUAAUAUGUCCAUGAACUAUAAGGUGAAAUAGAAUAAUUUUCACAUUAUUGUCAAAAACUAACUGAACAUGUUUGAUUUCUCAACUUUGUCGACUUCUCUAUGCUGUUCUUGAGGUUGUGCGUUCGAUUCCUUUUUAGAACAUUACAAAAAAAAUGUUUUUGUGGCAACCACUAAUGCAACCCAAUUGUAUUGAUGCGACGAUUUGGUUGAUAUUUUAGUUGAACUGAACUGGCGAGGUUACUAAUUCCUGGGCUUUCUAGUUCACCUGAUGAACCUACCUAGCUUUUUUCUAGUAUGAUGUAAGCAUGACGACUAGAAUUCGACAACGUUGUCCCAAAACCCUAGCCGCCCCCUGCUCCCCUCUCCGUCCGUGACCUAAACAUUGUACCAUAAAUAACGCAUCCAUGCUCCAAAACCUAGCCACCGCCAUUCCACCUUCUUCCACAUUCAACAUCGAUACACCUAUCUCUCGAUGAGCUAUAUUGAUAAACCAUCUAUAUGCUCCAGAUCUAAGAUGGAAACUGCGGCGAAUCCUUGAUCUUAUCAGUAUAAUGCUGAUCUGGUCCGCCAUAGCCGGAUCUCCAUCGCCGCCAAGCGGUGGCCCGCUAUCUAGAAAUUUUCCAUGGCUAAAGAGAAGGGGAAAAAUAUUCUGGCAGGUAGCUCUAUGGCUGUAUUGAAAAUUUGCACUAGUACUGAGAUUUUGCUGAUUUGCGAAACAUUUGGGGGCGGGGGCGCCCUUCUCUAUGGAAACCCUAAUCGACUAACACCGUUUACCCUCUUCUCCCGGCCCAGCGCCUCCGAUGACUUCCUCGUCCAGUCCGUGGCCAUUCGGGGAGCCCCACGGCUGCGACGGCGACGGCUGCGCCUCCAACCUGGACACCUGGCCACUACACCACGCGUACCGCCGCGGCGAGCGCUGCCGCCUCUGCAGCUCCUGCAUCCUCCUCUCGGAUCGCUCGGUCUAUUGCUGCUGCUGCUUCCUACUCAUCACCUCGCCGUCGUUCCACUACGACGAUGACGACCCCCUCAUGGCCCCACCCGGCCCGACCGUCACCUGCCAAGUCUGUUGCAGUGCCGUUGCGCACCUGGCCUGCCUCUAUGAGCUCUAUCCCGCCGACUACGGCGUCUUCGUCUGCCCCGCCUGCAGCGCGGCCGAGGAGGGGAGGCCCUUCACCUACGCGCCGCCCUGCAGGCAGCCGCUCGACGCGCGCACCGCGAGGGUGCUCCUGCUGGGCGCGCGGAUGGCGCUGGCGCUUCUGCAGCGGGAAGCGGCCGCGGCGCGCGCCGAGGCGGAGCGGCUCGCCCGGGAGGCCAGCGAGGCGCGGAGGAGGGCGUACCGCGCCCUCGGAGAGGCCCUCGGCGUCGACACGCAGGAGGUGGCCUGGUACUUCAACGCUGACCAGCCGCCGGUGGUGCCAACGCACUCGCAGGCCCCCGAGAAUAAUCGCCCCGCGGCGCCUUUGAACAUCGUGGACGCGCCGCAGCCCCACGAGGAUCACCUGGCAGCGUCUGAAGAAGGCAGUCAGGCGAACGUGGAGGGCGCGCUGCUGGUGCACCGCUACGCGAUGCCACCUCUAGCCCGGCUAACCAUCGGCACGGGGUGUGCCACAGCGGUGGUGGCGGCAAUGGCGGCUCCCGCCGAGUCCAGCCACACGCCACCGUUGUCGUCCUGGUCGCUGCCGCCGUUCGGCGGCGCCGAUGAGGUGACAAAGACAGCCGCCGAGUCCUCAAGGGCUUGCCCCGCGUCGCCGCCGACGCUGGACCUAUUUGGCGUCAGGGAGAUGGCGAUGGCUGCCGCCGAGGCCGCCAGGGCCAGUCCGCCGGCGCCGCCGACGCUGCAGCUGUUCCCGGCCGACAAGGCCAGCGCCAGCCCCAAGGUGCCGAGGACGCUGCAGCUGUUCGAGGAUAAGAUUCCGGAUGAUGAUGAGGAGAUGUAACGAUGCUGGGGACCGAGCUUGAUGUCAUCAAAAUUGAAGGGAGGUGUUUCCUUAUUAUACUUUCAUCAAAAAAACUUUGUUUAGUUCUUGGUCAGUGCGUGAUUUCAGAUAGAUGGGGUAUCUAUGCUACAUGCGUGUGCCCCAGAAUUGUAGUUGAGGUGGGUUCUUGUUGAAUCGUUUGUCCAUCUGACAUGUAUGGUAUCGUAUAUCUUGGUUUGACAUGCCAUGUUGCCAUGUAUGAUGCUGUUUGCAAUUUAGCAGUGAACAAUGUAAUGGGUGCAGGUAUUCUGAAAUUGAUGCCAUAUGCAAAUUUAAACUUCAAAUCCCCCAAGAGAUAUAGCUGCUGUUUGUUUGA